AUGACAAAAAAACAAACAACAAAAGAAGAACCUUUACGAGAAGACAGUGGUUGUGUUGUUGGAGGAGGUGCCGAUCAAUCGGAAUACAACCCAACAAGUAAUAUUGUUAAAAAGGCUUCUUCUUCUUCUUCUUCUUCAAAUAGAAAGACUAGCAACAAGAAGAACAAGGAACAAAAUGAAGACUAUGACGAAACCGAUGAGGCUCUUACCUUUUUCUACAAACCUCAUACUCUAUUGGUAUUGGGAAUUGCCAUUAUCUUUGUCAUCUACUUUGCAUUCACAAACGAACAAUCUACAAGAGGCAGUGUCAAGUCUGGUCUCUUGGGAGUAUGCGCAACCUUUUUAUUAUUUUCAAUGGUUCAAAUGAGAGAUGGUCUCUUUGUCCGUCCACAUCCUGCUUUUUGGCGUGUCAUCAUGGGUAUGGGUGUUAUUUAUCUUUGUGCCUUGGUAUUCUUAUUAUUCCAAUCAGCAGAUGAUGCACGUUUAAUUAUGAAACAUAUUGAUCCAAAAUUAGGAUUACCAUUACCAGAACGUUCUUAUGCCGAUGAUUGUCAACUCUAUACACCAGAGGAUCCAACAUCAAACUUUAGAAAUCUCAUGAACACCAUCAACGAUGAGUUUAUUUGGGCUCACUUUUUCGGAUGGUGGGGCAAGACUCUUUUGCUACGUGACUCUAUCUUGUGUUGGGUACUUUCUCUUACAUUUGAAGUUCUCGAACUUUCAUUGGCUCAUCUUUUACCAAACUUCCAUGAAUGUUGGUGGGAUCAUGUAAUAUUAGAUAUUUUAGUUUGUAAUGCUCUUGGUAUAUUAAUGGGAGUACUUACCAUUAAAUACCUAAAGAUGAAAGAAUAUAAUUGGACAGGUGCCGAAAAGAAGGCCGAAAAGAGAUCAAUCGUUUUCAGAGCUCUUAAACAAUUUACUCCAAUCUAUUAUGAUGAAUAUCAAUGGGAUAUUUUAUCAUCUUGGAAGAGAUUCCUUUCAGUUGUUGUUUUAGUUAUAAUGAUUUCAGUAAUUGAAUUAAAUGCAUUCUUUUUAAAGACAUUAUUAUGGAUUCCACCACCACAUCCAAUUAAUAUUUGGAGACUCUUUUUAUGGUGUUUUAUUGGUACUCCGGGUAUUAGAGAGUACUAUCAAUUUGCUGCCGAUCGUUCAGUCAAGAAGCUCGGUACUAUGGCUUGGAUUUGUGUUGCCUCACUCAUUGCCGAGGUACUUCUUUGCAUCAAAUAUGGUGGUGCCGAGUUUUGGCAAAUUCCAACUCCUCCAUUUGUAAAGUAUCCAUGGAUCAUUGGUACUACCCUUUUCACAUUAUCUUCUUUUUAUUAUUUUGCUAUUCACAAAAGAAGACAAACAACAAAGUCAAAAACAAAUUAA